AUGUUCAAAGAUACUAUCAAACACCAAUACAACCACCAGGAUCCCAACAAACCAAACUUUGUCUUCUCGUCUGACAUCCCUGAGAAGAUACUGGGGCUAGUGGAACGGUUUUUGAGUCAUAAGGAUGAACAGGACUCAGGACUGCGGCGAUUAGAUAUCGGCACGGACUUCGAAUUCAAUGUGAAUGUCGAAUUGAACUCACUUUUGGUCAGAAACAAAGACUUGAAGCCCACAGAUUUAAUAAAAGAGAAUUUGAUAUGUUUGGCCCGCUCAAACACCAAGAGAAUGUCCAAGAAUAUUGAGAAAAUGAUCUUUUCACAACCAAAAUAUUCAAUCCAAUCUUACGCAUUAAUAUCGGAUGAGAUUUUCAUUGUGAACUUAACAUUAAAGCUCUUGGAAUUUAUAAUGGAUGAGAAUGUUAACCAAAUAGCCAUAGACUUUUUGAAAGAUGAAAAUUAUGGAUUAUUACUAUUAUGUGAUGAACAAAUGAUAGAUCAAAUUGAGCGGUACAUUAGAGUUCGUUUCGUUAAUGAGUUGAACAAACAUAUAAGUGAACCAAUAGUGAUAGGGGAGAUCGAACUGAAGAUGCCACAUCAGAAGACUCUUCAAAAAGAGCACGUAGAGUCUCCCGAUGAACAACAGACUAAUCAACAUACUAAUGUCAGUGAAAUGGAAACUACUGUGAUUGAGCAUUUGUUGCCUGUACCAGACCAGAUCUCCGUCAGUGAUUCUACUUUAGAUGGUCUAGAAGACCUCACAGUACGGGAUAAAUCAUUUGUUUAUGAAGACGAGGCAUCUAAUUCAUCCUUUGAAGAAUUGUUGAUCCUUAGGUCAAAUGACACUACCCGGUCAAAUUCUAACGAUGAAGAUGAGUAUGGGGAGGCCCAGGCAAACAAAUCCAAGAAUUCCCAGGAAAAUAGCAGAAUUGAAGGGUUCAUUAAGAACAUGGACAACCUUAGACACAACGAAGAAAAAUACAUCAAAUUAGAUGAUCUACUAGAAACCGAGUGUGGGCUUGAUCUCAAAGAUGAUGAACAUGUGGGAACUUUAGAACCACCUAUAGAAUUGAAGCUGGUCAUUAGCUCGCUGUCGCCACAGAAAACAGUUACUGCAAACCUGUCAACUUCGUCAUUUGUAUCACCCACUAAAAAGAAGUCGAUCUCAAGAAUGAGUAGUGCAUCCUUCUCAAUGAUAAAUCAUCAUGAAGAUACUUACGGGUUGGAAUAUGCCUUCAAAAACAAGUCACCUUUGGUACCAACAUACAUAAAGGAGGAUAAGAAGUUCAAAUUUAUCAAGGUAGGUAAGGUGCAGAAAUUCGUCAACCUUUUUGAAGAAAAGUUGGGGGACAAGCCAGAAAAUGGUUCCAGACCCCCCACUCCGAUUUUAGAGUCUGAGACCAGUCAUUUAGAGGGCUAG